CCAAUGCCGGGGGUACAGCACUGUUUGUAAGCGGGUUACCUCUGGGCUCAGACGAAAGUACAUUACGGGAGCUUUUCGAGUGUUUUGGAGCCGUUUCCCAGGCGGUACUUCAUCCGCUUAAGCGGAGCGGUAUCGUGGUGUUUCGCUCCGAGGUCGGUCGCACAGCGGCUCUCAAGUACGCUGCGCGGGGGCAGGUGCUGGAGCUCGCAGGCGGGGCUGCAGGGAGGGGGCAGGGCGAGGAUGACGAGGAGCAAGAGGAGGCGCCGAUGGGUGUGAAAGCCUGGGUUCACGAGCACAAGGCAGCUCGACCCGGCAACGAGGUGCUGCAGCAGCAGGUGGACGACUGGAUGGACGAGUACGAUGAGGAGCAGGAGCGCAAGGCGCGGGAGCGGCAGGCGGCCAUGGGAGGAGACGGCUGGACGGUGGUGGUGCGCGCAAAGGGUCGCAAGCGCACUCGCGAGGAGGGCGGCGUGACCGUCGUGACGGGCGGUGUGGCGGCGGGCGCAGCAGCAGCAGCCGCUGCCGCCGCCGCCAAGGAGGGGGAGAAGGCGGCUCAGGGGCGGGGCGACUUUUACCGCUUCCAGCGGCGGGAGCGGCGGCGGAAUGAGCUGGUGGAGUUGCGGCAGCGAUUUGAGGAGGACAAGAGGCGCCUGGCGCAACUCAAGGCAACCCGGAAUUUCAAACCGUAUUGAACUGCUGCUAGGGUUGGGAAUAAAGGGGAGGCGACGAUGGGGCCGCGGAAACGCAGCCAGGAAACCAGUCAAUGUCGGUAGUGAUGCUUCGGGUAGCUGUUAUGGCUCAUUAGAAAAGCGAAUGCGAGGAUUAGGACGUCUAGGGUGCAGUUUGUUGUUAUCGUCAUGCAACAGACAGUGAUGGUGUUGAAAGUAGAGGUGCUGACACAGCGGCAGUGGCAACCUCGACUGGGUACGGCGUGCCUGGGAGUGAUGCCCCACAGGUCCUUUCCCUUCCUGUCUUCCUCGCUGAGAGCAGCAAGAGGGAAGGCAGGUAGCCAGGCAACCCUAGCAUGCCCAGGCAUGGCAUGCAUGGCCGGCCCAGGCGCAUAUGGGCGAACUGGUAUGACAUGGCACCAGGGAACCAUUAUGAUGGUCAUCCAUUCAUUUAUGGUCGACACGCUUAGCUGGGGUCAUGGCGCAUUUAUGACGAAGGAGAACGUCCCAGAUUAUGUUGCAGACAAUGCUUAGCUACCGAUGGUAUGGGAGGAGGCUAACGUUGGGAAGGUGUGCAUAGGAGCUAAGGAGGAGAGGGGCCUGGUCGGUCAGUGAAUGUCGCCGUCAUAAUAGUGCUUGAGAACGAAGCAAUGCCACGGGCUUUAAAUGCUAGAAUGGCCAGGUACGGCAGAACAUGUCGCACCCUACAAGGUGACCAUGUCUUUGGUAUUCUACAGCCCAUGUCUUUGGUAAUCUACAGGUGGAGG